AUGCUUCACAAGGCCGCAUCAUGCUGGCAGCCGCUCCUGGGUCUGGCCGUGGCGUUCAUCUUCGUGGGGUCCGCCCUGGGCUGCCCGGCCCGCUGUGAGUGCUCCGCCCAGAACAAGUCUGUCAGCUGCCACCGCCGGCGCCUGGUGGCCAUCCCGGAGGGCAUCCCCAUCGAGACCAAAAUCCUGGACCUCAGCAAGAACAGACUGAAAAGCGUCAACCCGGAGGAAUUCAUCUCGUACCCUCUGCUGGAGGAGAUAGACCUGAGUGACAACAUCAUCGCCAACGUGGAGCCGGGAGCCUUCAGCAGCCUCUUCAACCUGCGUGCCCUCCGGCUCAAGGGCAACCGCCUCAAGCUGGUCCCCCUGGGGGUGUUCGCGGGGCUGUCCAACCUCACCAAGCUGGACAUCAGCGAGAACAAGAUCGUCAUCCUCCUGGACUACAUGUUCCAGGACCUGCAUAACCUGAAGUCCCUGGAGGUGGGGGACAACGACCUGGUGUACAUAUCGCACAGGGCCUUCAGCGGGCUGCUGAGCCUGGAGCAGCUCACCCUGGAGAGGUGCAACCUCACUGCCGUGCCCACCGAGGCCCUCUCCCACCUCCACGGCCUAGUGAGCCUGCACCUGAAGCAUCUCAACAUCAACCACAUGCCCGUGUAUGCCUUCAAGAGACUGUUCCACCUGAAGCACCUGGAGAUCGACUCCUGGCCUCUGCUGGACAUGAUGCCGGCCAACAGCCUCUACGGCCUCAACCUCACCUCCCUGGCCAUCACCAACACCAACCUGUCCGCGGUGCCCUUCCUCGCCUUGAAGCACCUGGCCUACCUGACCCACCUGAACCUGUCCUACAACCCCAUCAGCACCAUCGAGGCAGGGAUGUUCUCCGACCUGACCCGCCUUCAGGAGCUGCACGUCGUGGGGGCCCAGCUCCGCGCCAUCGAGCCCCACGCCUUCCAAGGGCUCCGCUUCCUUCGCGUGCUCAACGUGUCCCAGAACCUCCUGGAAACUCUGGAGGAGAACGCCUUCUCCUCCCCGAGGGCUCUGGAGGUGCUGAGCAUCAACAACAACCCGCUGGCCUGCGACUGCCGCCUCCUGUGGAUCCUGCAGAGGCACCCCACCCUGCAGUUUGGGGGCCAGCAGCCCAUGUGCGCCGGCCCCGACACCAUCCGGGAGCGCUCCUUCCAGGACUUCCACAGCACCGCCCUCUCCUUUUACUUCACCUGCAAAAAGCCCAAAAUCCGGGAGAAGAAGCUGCAGCACCUGCUGGUGGACGAAGGGCAGACGGUCCAGCUGGAGUGCAGUGCGGACGGGGACCCCCAGCCUGGGAUUUCCUGGGUGACGCCCCGAAGGCGGUUGGUCACCACCAAGUCCAAUGGGAGAGCCACCGUGCUGGGCGACGGCACCUUGGAGAUCCGCUUUGCCCAGGACCAGGACAGCGGGAUGUACUUGUGCAUCGCCAGCAACGCAGCUGGCAACGACACCUACACGGCCUCCCUGACGGUGAAAGGAUUCGCUUCAGACCGCUUCCUUUAUGCCAACAGGACCCCUAUGUACAUGACCGACUCCAACGACACCCUGUCCAAUGGCACCAACGCCAACACCUUUUCCCUGGACCUCAAAACAAUACUGGUGUCCACAGCCAUGGGCUGUUUCACAUUCCUGGGAGUGGUUUUGUUUUGUUUCCUCCUCCUUUUUGUAUGGAGCCGUGGGAAAGGCAAGCACAAAAACAGCAUUGACCUGGAGUACGUGCCUCGGAAAAACAACGGUGCUGUCGUGGAAGGGGAGGUGGCCGGACCCAGGAGGUUCAACAUGAAAAUGAUCUGA